GAUAUAGAUUUUUCUUUGAAUAAGGCCCUUGAGUUACGUUUGCUUCGCAUCUGAUUCCGUCCACAGUCAACCUUAAGACACCGCUCAUACGUCUAGAUUUUAUCCCAAGAUGCCCAUCUCAAAAACAGAGGAUGUCUCCUAUCGCAUCUUAUUUGAUGGAGAGCACGAGGAGCACGACAUUGAGAGUACAACUUCUCCAGCUACAAGAGUUGGCUCAAUAGAGUCCUUUGGCAAAACAUUCCACAUAUCACCACAAUCAGACGCGUUACCUUAUAUCGAAACCAGACGGUCAAAGACAGAGGGUUUAUUGACGUGGAUACGUUGGUCGCUUAUUGUUAUUUUACAAAUUUUUAUCCUAGUUUUCUUAGCACGUCCCUCACCCGAAAAGGGUGACAAUUGCAUACUGUCGGGGAGAGAAGGAUCUGUGGAGACGGGAGAUGAUAUCAAUGGACUAUAUAAAACUUUAUCUCAUACAUACACAUUCCUCAAACCGGAGGAGCAAAAGUAUGUUCCAAAUAUGACUUCGAACGAUAACAGAAUGGAAGUUCGCAGAAAUUGGGAUCUGUUAAUGCCAUUGGGCAGCGGAAGUGUCCUCAUUCCAGACUACAAAGAACACCCACUCCUCGGUGACCCCAUAACCGACGAUCCCAUAAGAUCCGGACCUAUCUUUGAAGCCUCUUGGACUCACGCCUUACACUGUCUAUACUACACAGUGGAUAGCUAUCAUCAACUAAUCCUCAACGGACCAAGUGAUGAGGAUAAUCCUUAUCACGCCGCUCACUGCUUCGAGUAUUUGCGAAAUAACAUACUUUGCAACCUUGAUAUGACCCUUGAAGGAUCCAUGUCCACUCCAAGUGACAAGGAAAGAGGACAACCUCACGUGUGCAGGAAUCGUGCUGAGGCUAUUGAAUGGAUUGAGAAGAGAAGGACAGAUGAUUUUCAAGAUAUUGUUGGCCCUUAG